AUGGUUCAUCAGUCCAUUACAGAUGACCAAUCGUCACAGAGAAUCACAGAAACCUCAACGGACACAUUGAAUUUCGUUCCUGAGGAAAUAUGGGAGUCGUUGAAUGCGUUGAAGCCUAGUUCUCGAACAGCAUUCGUUUCCGCAGCUGUUAUUCCGCAGUUGAUCCCUCAAUUCAGAGAACUUUACAUCCAAGGAGUCACCACUUGCGCUUACUUGUGCAGUCUCUCUGUGGAUCAUGUAGCCACAGGAUUGCUAGAUUUAGGGUGGGGCUGCGGCUACAGAAACUGUCAGAUGCUGUUAACAUACGUGGAAGCGUAUCAAAAACCGUAUUCCCGUAUUAUACGUCAUAUACCUGAUAUAGAAGGACUACAGAUCCUGUUAGAAAAAGCUUGGGCAGACCAAUUUGAUCCUCAGGGAGCCGAGCAAUUAAAGCAUCGAGUUCAUAGAACCCGAAAAUGGAUUGGUACCACGGAAGUUUACACCAUUCUCACGUACCUUGGCAUUCGAUGCAGUAUCGUCGAUUUCGCUACACCAAGCGGUCCAAAUAACGCUCAUGAUGCAUUGUUUGACUGGGUCCAACGCUAUUUUGAGGGUGCAGAUACUGACAUUGUGCCAGCAGAUACAGAGAAAACGGAACAGCAUACGACAAUUACAGACCGACCACCUAUUUAUUUGCAACAUUCAGGCCAUAGCAGAACUAUCAUCGGUAUUGAAGUAUUACCGGAUGGCAAACGAAACCUGCUUAUAUUUGAUCCCGGAAAACGUGUUCCACAAGCCAACCACACAGAGAAAUCCUCAGCCGAUGCAAAAGUUCCAGACAAAGUGGACUCAAUGAGCGAUCCCGCAGCGAAACCUUCUUCAACCGUUAGUGGCGGCAAUGGCUGGUGGUUUUUCUCCGGCUGGAUGAAUUGGCAACCUUUAUUCGGUAAUAAUUUGCGUAAUAUUCGAGUCGAUUCCAAAACGAUCUCGCGGAACAAGCAAUAUCAAUUGCUAGUUCUCGGCGAUAUAAGCAGCUCUAGUAAUACGUUACCUUGGACCGAUGCGCGUGGCUACAUAUUGGAUGCUCAAGAACGAGAACAAAGAAAGAAGAUCACAAGCGUCAUUGGAAGUCGAUAAUGUACCCUAUACCUUGACUCUAUCAUAGCAUAACAAUAAUCCUACUAUGCGUUUUAUGCAAUCACAAAUAGAAUCGCAUGAAUCUGUGGACAAAAUACUAAGGCUGCUUGCCAUCUGCACGGUAGGGUCGCAAAAAUGAGAUUGUCGGUUGUCUGAUACGCCAAGCAACGGUUGCUAUUGAGAAAGAAGAUCAGAUAAACAGGGCAAUCAUGGGAGACCAUAUCCAAUUAGCAGUGCAAUUGAAAGAUGCAUAUACAGAGUCAAUCUCGGACCACGGACAGUGGUACGAUCGAAGGUGGAAUCCAUCAAAGAACAUUACAUUACAGAUUUUU